AUGGCGAACUUGGUCGAAUUGGACUCUCUUGAGAUCUUAGCCAUCAUCGACAACGAAUUGGACCCAAUCUCGCCUUGCCCAAAUUCGUUGAUCGAGCAAUCCGGAGGAAUCAAGGACAUCAGCGCACGGGCCUGUCGAGAAUCUCCUCAAGAGGGUGGCCCUGUCCGAGAACUUCGAAUGGGCAACAUUUGUUGCAGUGCUCAUGGGUUGUCUUUGAUGAUCACCGGGAUCAAAGACGGUCAGAGGCGAACGAUACUCUUCGACACAGGUCCGGAGGAAGACGUAUGGGAACGCAACACGAAACGCCUCAGCGCCGACAUCGGCCACGUCGAAGUCAUCACGCUGAGCCAUUGGCAUCGAGAUCACUCCGGAGGCAUGCUCAAAGCCCUCGAUCUAAUCUCUGACAACCGUCGAGAGAAGAGCAUUGAUCUGCCGCCCAUUGUUGUCGACCUUCACCCAUCUCGUCCGGAUUAUCGCGGCGCUCACGUCCCAGGCCUCCCCAUCAUUUCUUUGGAAGCCGAUCCAAGCUUCCAAGAAAUCGAAAGACAUAAUGGUGUAGUGGUAAAGAAUGACCAGAGCCACACAGUGUUGCAAGACACUUUCUUGAUUUCUGGGGAGAUUCCAAAAGUAACCGGAUAUGAAGCUGGUUUCAAGUUCGGCGUCCGUUAUAACUCAAAGAAGGGAGUAUGGGAAGACGACGAAAACAUGCUCGAUGAGAGGAUCUUGUUGUGUCGAUUGAAAGGCAAAGGAAUUGUGAUGUUCACGGGUUGCGGUCACGCUGGAGUUGUCAACUCAGCAAAGUACGCCGCAGUUCUCGGAAACGAGGUGCCUUUGUAUGCGAUCAUUGGCGGUUUCCACCUUGCCGACGCGCAGCCUGACAUUAUUCAGCGAACUGUGUCUGACCUGAAAGAGUCUGGAGUCAAGGUCGUGCUCGCUGGCCAUUGUACCGGCUGGAGAGCUAAAACCGAGUUGAACAAGCAAAUGCCCGGAAUAUUUGCUCCAUGUUUUGUGGGGUCGAAGUUCGUUCUGUAA